ACUAUUUUUGAGCCAAAAAACGUCUAUUUUUAAGGCUUUUAAAGGGAUGCUUUCAAUAAACGACCGAGUUUUUGUAGGUAAAACACUUGGAACGGUACGUUAUAUAGGACAAACAGAUUUUUCUACGGGAGAAUGGAUAGGAGUAGAAUUGGAUAAGCCUACAGGGAAAAAUGAUGGAUCGGUUAAAGGCGUAAAGUACUUUGAAUGUAAAGAGAAUUAUGGGGUUUUUGUCCGAGUUUCGGCGGUGAAAAAGGCGGAACUGGGGGAGAAAGAGAGGGUAGAUGAAGAUGUAAAUGAAUGUAAAGAAUCGAAGCGUAGUGGUUGUAUAGCGUUAUCAAAGAGAAAUAUUUUUCAGUCCCCAGAAGGCCUGGGGACUGCGUCACGAAUACCGUAUAUACAGUCAUUAACAGGGCAGCAAAAAAUAAUAUACACAAAAGUGCCAUUUAAAGAGAGUAUUUCACCAUGUAAGAAUAAGGGAAAUGAUGUGGUGAGUGAGGAAUUGGAAGGAGAGAUAAAAACAGGAAGUCGAAUUUGUAGGCCUAUAAUAGGAUAUAAGAUAUUUGAAGAAGGGAAAGAUAAUACAGAGAAUAAUGGAGAAGAAGGGAGUAGAAGUGAGGAGAGUAUUUUAGGAGGGGAAUUGAUAUCAUUUGAGGGGUUAAAAGAGCCAUAUCAGGAUUUAUAUAAAAAAAAAGAAGAAGGAGGUAUGAUAGAAGAAAUGAGGAGGGAAUUAAAAGUUUUGGAAAAAAAAAGAAUGGAAGAUAGGGAUAGGUUGAAAUUUCUAGAAGAUCAAUUGCAAGAAAAAGAAUCGAUAGAAAAGAGCAGAAAUAGGCUUCAGAAUAAAAUUUUGUCAUUACAGGAUGAAAUACGAGAUUUGAAAUUAUCAUUAAGAAAUAUGGAAAAUGAGAAAGCAGAAAUUGAAAUAAAAUUUAUUGAAGUUUCAGAAAUGUUAGAAGUAACGACGCUUGAUAAGGAGAUAGCAGAACAAAGGGUAGAUAUAUUGGAAUCUGAAUUUAGUGCGUUUAAAAAUGAAAUGCAAAAUAAUUUAGAUAAAAGAUCAGAGGAUAUUUCGAAAAAAGAAGAGGAUGAAUUGAAUGAAGAUGAUUUAGAGGAGCAAAAUAAAGUUUUAAAGGAGGCACUUAUUAAAUUGCAUACUAUGACGAAUAAUCAAGAAAUAGAAUUUAAAAAUACGAUUAAACAUCAUCAAUUAGAAAUUGAGAGUCUUAAGAAAUAUAAAGUGCAAUAUGAAUCUUUGAAAGAGAAACUUCAAGAAACAGAAAAUUUAGUUGAUGAUCUUAGACAACAGGUAGAUAUUAGCUCUACAGCAGAAGAAAUGUUGGAAGAGUUAACGGAAAAGAAUCUUUAUUUGAAAGAAAAGAUUGAACAAAUGAAUAUAACUAUUCAAGACUUGGAAUCUUUAAAAGAACUUAAUGAUGAGUUAGAAGAAAAUCAUUUAGAAAACGAAAGACAAAUGAGAGAAGAAUUAGAAUAUAAAGAUUCUAUUUUGAUGGAGAAUACGAAUAAAAUAACGCAAUUGAAAGAAAUCAAUUCAGAAUAUGAAUUAGUUAUUUUAAGAUUUAAGGAAUUGGUAGGAAAUCUACAACGUGAUCUUGAGAAUUUAAGACUUGAAAAUCAAAAUGCAAAAAUGGAAAGUACAGAAUUGAAUAUUAGAUCUAAGGAAAUUAUGGACUUGAACUUGAAAUUAAAAUCAUCUUCAGUUAAAUCUCAGGCUACGAAAAUAGAAUAUGAACUUAAAAAACUUGAAGGUUUAGAGGCAAUUGAAAAAUUUAAAAUUGCACAAUUUUUCCUUCCAGAAUCCUAUUCUUGUGAGAAUAGUUCAAUUAUGGUAUAUUUUAAAUGUAGAAGAAUUGCUAUGAAAUCACUUCUUUUACAUGAUAUUAUUAAAGAAAAAAUAUCAUACAACAUAUCUAUUAAUAAUAUAUUAGAAAUUGAUUCAUUAUUAGAAGCAAUGGAGAUAAAUAGGAAUCUAGUACUUUUAAACACAAUUGCUAGACGCUUUACUGAUUUCAUGAAUAUAUGUACCUUAUUAGAGUUUGAUGAGAUUUCUUCUUCAUUUUCUAAGUUGGAUAUUUUGGAAAAUAUGUUAGAUACAGAAAUAAAUAUUUUAAAAAAGAACGAAUAUUGUAAAAAAGAGUUUCUUGGAGUUUUAAAAGAGGCUGUUUUAAUAUUUAAUAAUUUGUCUGGUGUAUAUAUAAAAUCAUAUGAUGGAGAAUUGAUAUCAAAGAUUGAAUCUGAAUUGUUUCUUUCUCUUAGUUAUGUUGAGAACUUUUUAAAAGAAGAAUCAAUACUUCGAAAUUUAUUUGAAUCUGAUUAUAUGAAACAGAUAAUUGGGGAAAAUAGUGAAUCUAUUUUAAUAUUAAUUAAACAAUUGGAGACGUUUUCUUCCAAGGUUGAAGAAAUUAGAGUUAUAAUAAAUAAACUUUUCAAAAUAAUAGAUUAUAUGAAAGAGAAUUCAUUAUCAUUGAAAGAAACCAUUGUUUCUGAAUUUUUUGAUCUUAAGGAUAUGGCAAAUUUUCUUUAUAAUGAAAUGAAAAAGAACCUGGAAUAUUUCAAUGAAUUAUUAAGCAAACAUUUAGAAGGUAUUGGUGUAUGUUUUUCUGAAAAAGAUAUAUUAUUGGAUUUAAAUCUUGAUAAUAUUUCUGAAAAAAUAUCAUCUUUUACUUUUAUUUUGUUAAAAUUGGAGAAGAAUAUUCAUUAUCCAGAAAAUUCAUUUCAAAUUUUUCAAAAUACUUCUCCUUGGAUAUUACAUUCAAAUGAAAUCAAAUCAAUCUUAGAGAAAAAUAAUGAAGCAGAAAAAAAGCUUAAUAUACUCCAAGAUAGAAUUAAUCAAUAUAUUAUUGAUAUACGACUUAAGGAUAAAAUAAUAGAGGAAGUCAAUAUUAAGACAGAGCUUUUGAAUAAAAGAACUGAUGAUUUAAAACGAAAUUCAGAAACUAUAAAAAUGCUUGAAAAAUCUUUAAAUGAUGCUUUAUUAAAAGAAAAACAAUACAUUGAAACUGUAAAAAGUCUUAAUAAGAAAACUAAAUCUAUGGAAAAGAUUAUAAAUAAUUUUAAAAGCACUAGACAUGUUUCUGAUAUCAAUUCUUUGGAAGAAAGUAUUGUUAAUAGUCAAAUAUUUCAAAAUAAAUUACAGGAAUUCUCUAAUGAAGCUGAAUUUUCUAAUAAUUCUAUCUUAUAUUUGAGGGAAGAAAUUAAACUUUUAUCAAUCAAUAAAAUGAUUUUGGAUAAUUCUUGGUUAUCUGAACCAUUAUUUAAAACAAAUGAUGAAUUUUCAAAAAAGAGGGAAAAAAGGGCAGCUGAAAUUAGAUUUUUACUUAAAUCUCUUAGGACAUUUUCCUCUAAAACAAGUGUUAUUAAACUAUCUUUCCAAAAACAAAAUGGUUGGAUAUCAGAGACUAAAAGACCUCGUUAUAAACAUUUUAAACAACAAGAGGAAUAUGUUUCUUUAUGUGCUAAGAGGGAUUCAUUGGUUUCUAUUCGUGAUUUUACCUUUCGAAAACCUAUUUGUCGUUCAACUACAACUCCAUUGGUUCAUUGUACUCUUCAAAUACCUUCUUAUAUGUUUAACAAUAUUCAACAAAAUGAUCUUUUAUUACAAAAUAUUGAAAUUAAUCAUUUUAAAGAAUUAGAACGUAUUCAUCAUUCAAUUCUCAAACCACUUCGAAUUAGCUAACACUUCAAUCAAUAUUUAAAUCACUUUUUCACUAUAUUAUAUUAU